GUUGGGGUGGGGCCUGACACUCCAUCUCUAAAAAGUUCUCUAUAACUGGGCUAGGCAACUGGGGUUAAGUGACUUGCCCAGGGUCACACAGCUAGGAAGUGUCUGAAGCCAGAUUUGUACACAUGACCUCCCAUUCUUAGACCUGGCUCUCUUAUCCAGAGAUCCACCUACCUGCCCCCUGUCAUAUGUUUUAAUGUCAGUGUUUUAAAUGUCAAGUCUAGAAAAAUGUAGUUAACUAUAUUCAUCUCUUAUUUUGCUUCCAAAAAAUCCCAGUGGAACUCUUUGCUUGCCAAAUGGUAGUACCAUAUUGCUUCCAGAUGCACAUAUCAUAGGCUAUUUUCCUAUUCUUUUGGAUCCUUGAAUUUCUUUACAUGUAGUUCCUUGAGGCUGGACCAAGCAACUAUGGUUUAUAAGUCCUUAAUGGUGAUUUUUUUUUCUCCUUUAUAACUUUAUCAGUACUUGAUAGAAACUAGUGAUCCAGUUUUUGUGACCCCAGAGAACUGGUUUUCUGACAGGGAGAAAACUAUACUUUCUUCUCCAAUCCCCUAAUUGCCUAAAAGUCCAUGUGGGUAAGAGCCUGACUCUUUGUUGAUCUCUAGAGUCCUUAAUUCUUUGCCCUGCAGGGAAAACUUGGAUUCCAGAAGACAAUUUGAUUCAGCUUAGAAAUACAAUCAUGAAGACACAUUUGAUGGACCUUCAUGUAGUUUCAAUACCAGGAGGGACCAAGGCCUUGACAAACACCAGACCUAUUGCAGGAUAUUGGAUGUUCGUGUUUGAGGCUAGAGAUUCAUAUAAAGAAAAUUCUGUUGCUUCCAGCAGAAUUUGUCAGAGCAGUUUCUCACUAUUAUGCCCAUGGUGUUGGAUUGGAAGCAUGUUGUCCAGAGAACAUUAAGAAGGUGGAGAUUUUGACUCAAAGACCUCUACCAAAUAGAGCCCUCAGUUCUCAGAACUCUGCAUUUUUAUAGGAGGAAAAGGACAGAAGAGGAGGGAAUAAUGCCUAUGUUCCUGGUAGUCAAAUACCAGGUGAAUUAGGUUUUUUCUCUCUCCUGAAAUGUGGUCAUAAUUUCCAGACUGUGGCAACCUUCUCCACUCUUCAUGGAUCUUCUAUGCCCAGUUUUAUAGGAGCAAAAGGACAGAAGAGGAGGGAAUAAAGCCUAUGUUCCUAGUAGUCAAUUACCAGGAAUCAGUGACUUUCAAGGAUGUAGCUGUGAACUUUAGCCAAGAGGAGUGGGGACAACUAAACCCUGCUCAGAGAGAUCUGUACAGGGAUGUGAUGCUGGAGAACUAUAGAAACCUCGUCUCAUUGGGACUUCCCACAUCUAAGCCUGAUGUGAUCUUCCAGUUGGAGCAAAGCAAAGAGCCAUGGUUUCUUAAUCUAUCAAGAGCUAAAGAAAUAGAAUUGCCCAAAAAUUCUUCUUUGGACUGGAAGAGUUAUCUUAAAACCCAGAAGUCAUCUCCAAAGCAGAAAAUUUCAGAAGUAGACUCAUUAGGAAUAAUGAUUCCAGUAGGCUCUGCAUAUAGAGAAGUUUGUGUACCUGGUGACAUAUUGGACAGCAAGAAAGAAAAUGCUGAAGAAGAGGAAAGGGAGACAUCUCUUUCCUAUGAGAGACAUUCUAAGCAAGUGUUAAUCCUUCCUCAAAAAAACAGCAAGGAUCAAGGCCAGGAAUAUAACCAAUAUGAUGAAAUUAUUGACUUCUUAUCUCUUACUCAACAUCAGAGAAGUCACACUGGAGAGAGUCCCUAUGAAUGUAAUGAAUGUGGGAAAAUCUUUAGCUGGAAAUGCAAUCUUACUAGACAUCUGCUAACACAUACUGGAAAAAAGCCUUAUAAAUGUAAGGAAUGUGGAAAAACCUUCUUGAACCAUUCCUACCUUACUGCCCAUAAGCGAAUUCAUACUGGAGAGAAACCCUAUGAAUGUGAUGAAUGUGGGAAAACCUUUUCUAAACAUUCUUCCCGUACAGAACAUGAACGAAUUCAUACUGGAGAGAAGCCUUAUAAAUGUAAUGAAUGUGGAAAAGCUUUCAGACAUAGAAGUGCCAUUAUGAGACAUCGCAUAACUCAUACUGGAGACAGUCCCUAUAAAUGUAAUGAAUGUGGAAAACCAUUCUUAAAUCCUUCAUCCCUUAUGGUUCAUGAAAGAAUUCAUACUGGUGAGAAGCCUUAUGAAUGUGAUGAAUGUAGAAAAGCCUUUGCUAGGCAUUCAUCUCUUUCUUUACAUCAGAGGAUUCAUACUCAAGAGAAGUCCUUUGGAUGUGAUGAAUGUGGAAAAACCUUCUUUGACUUUUCAUCCCUUACUCGACAUCAAAAAACCCAUUCUGGAGAGAAACCCUAUUUCUGCAGUUUGUGUGGAAAAGCCUUUUGUAGCAAGGCAUCUAUCAUCCAACAUCAGCGACGUUAUGCCAAAGAGUAAAUCUGAGAAUAUAUCUUGGGCAAAACUUCAGUUAGGCUUAUCACUUUAUUAAAUACCACAGAGUUGAGUUAGCAUGUGAAACACCAUAAAAACAUAAAAUUGGUUCUACCUUAAACAAAUCUCUUCAUGUAUACUUCCUCAUAACUGCUAAUAUUGACAACGGUGGCUUUAAAAGGGUGAAAUUCAAUGUUGGAAGGGCUGUGAAGAAGCAGGCACAUUGUAACACUGCUGAUAGAGCCAUGAAUUGUGCCACCUUUUGAAAGCAUUAAAUAAUAUCUCAAAAAACUUUAUACCUUUUGAUGAAGUACUCCUAGUACUAAAACUGCAUCCUAAGAAGGUUAAAAGGCUUAUUGCUACAAAAAUUUUCAUAGCACAUUGGGGAAUUUAGUGUAUUAACAUAUUGGACUGUUAUUACACUAUUGGAGGUGACAAAUAUGAAGAACACAAAGAAGCAUCAGAAGACAAAUAUAAAAUGAUGCUUAGAAAAGAAAACCCAAAAUUAGAUCCUAAGCUGUGUAUGUAACAACAGAAUUUUAAAAAACCACAAAUUUUAAAAGGGAAGGGGAAAUAGAAACAGUCUUUGUUAAUAUCUUAUUAACAUAUAUACAUUUUAAGUGUUUUUAAACUACCUUUAAGUUUAAAGUUUCACAUGCAUUAUUUUUUUAAAAAUAUUCUUUGUCAGUUGGUAUGGAUGGAAGGGUGGGGCCAUGAAAAGUGCAAGGAACAAGAUAAUGUAGGAAUUAAAUUUAAAUGGUUUGACUAAAAUAUAUGAAAAUUAUAUGGUAAUCUCCAAUUUAAAAUAUAACAAAGUCAAAA